AUGAUCUCUUGUGCUGAGCAGCAAAGCCGGCUGGUGCAGAGAAAGGCUGACAGAGGCCCAGCUCCGGUGGCUCCAGCUUCCCUACAGCUCUGGGUCCCUAGGGACUGUUCUGGAAUUCUCUCAGUGCCUGCUGUCGCCAUGCAUUCGGCUGUGCCUCACAGAGCCAAGUCUAUAAUGCACAGGCACGAGGAGAAGGAUGCUGAGCUAGACCGCAGGAUAGUUGCCCUGCGCAAGAAGAACCAGGCCUUAUUGCGCAGGUACCAGGAGAUCGAGGAAGACCGUCGGCAGGCAGAACAGGGGGGCAUGGCUGUGACCAUGCCAGGACUCCUCCAACCCAAUGGCCUCACUGUCACCAUCAGCCAGGUUCCUGGGGAGAAGCGGGUGGUCAGCAGGAACUGGGCCAGGGUGCCCCUUACAUCUGGAGUGACCAAUGAGCUCUUGGAUUAUGAGGAUGCUGCAGGCCCAACGGGUGCUUUCUUCAUGGGGGACCGGGUGGAACUGGCUGUGACCAUGGAAAACAAAGUAAAGGCCAAACGGAUCGUAAGUGAAAAGCCCACCACCCAAGCAAGGAACCAAGGGGCAAAGGCAUCACCUGGAGGAGACUGGGGCCGGAGUCCCCGCCUGCAAACGACCAUCAGCUCUGAUUCAAUAGGCAAGGGUGCUCAGGAGCCCCGGAGUCCAGGCACGGUUCCAGGCCCAGCUCCCCAACAACCAAUGGGGUUGCCCCGAGAGGUGGGCUGGGACUAUGUACAGUGGAAGCAGGAGCGAGAGCAGAUUGACCUGGCCCGUCUGGCCAGGCACAGAGAUGCACAGGGUGACUGGAGCCGCCCAUGGGACCUGGACAAGGCCAAACCCAUGCAACAGGACUGCAGCAAGCAUAGGGACAAGGGCCUGACCACGGGCAGCAGAAGGGGUCCUAGGUCCCACCAGAAGCUACAGCCCCCUCCAUUAUCUCCCAGUGGAAAAGGUCAGGGUGGACAACCUGGCAGACCCUUGGUGGCACCCACUAUAGGCAGCAAAGCCCGGGGGAAGGAGAGGUUGACUGGCAGGGCCCGAAGGUGCGACAUAAAAGAAGAUGAGAAGCUGCUGAAUCAGGAGGGAAGCCAGAGCACCAUGGGGACUCCCAGUGCAGAGGAAAAGCACGCACAGAAGCAGAACGAGAUGCAGCCAGGCAGACAGGAGACCACUCCGGCAACCAGCCUGGCCCUGGCUUCACCAGAGGGGCUAAAAGGGGAGUCCGAAACCUCCAUAGCCAGUUUGGGCCUAGAUGCUCCACAAAAUCUCAACUUGGCUCCCCUUGACCUCUCUCUAGGAGGAGCUAGCAGCCCCAGGCCUGGAGAAAGCACAUGUAUACCUAGUCCAUGUUCUAGGGCCCAGGAAAGUCCAGUAAUCUGGCCAGAUGGUUCUGAGCAGCAGUCUCGGGAGUGGAAUGACCAGACUUACGCUGGUCCACAGAGAGAAAGUAGGGUCUCAGAGCCCAAAGAAGACAGGCCUGGCAAGUUUGGGGCCCAGCAGAGCCUGGCCCCAAGAAGCAGGCCUCUCAGAGGAACUGGCCAAAGGGCAAGGGGCACAGGUGUAAGGAGCAGGACAGGAGGUCCUGGGCCUGCAGGAAGAUGCUAAACAAAGCUCAUGGGAGUUGAGGAGCCAGGCUGGGGACAAGAGGGAAGAACUCAGUUAAGAGUCUGUGUGGUGGGAGUCUGCCUGCUGGUGGCUUGUGCCUAUCUAGUUGAGCAGUGUGGCAAACUUCAGCAGAGCCACCAUGUGACGGCAAGGAACUAUACCCUUCCCUGUGUCUCCUAUGCACAUCCCUGUGUACAUGCAGGUUUUAUGUGUAGGCAAGGACCCUGGUGACCUGUGUUAGAGACUGGUAUUCCUGACCUGGGCCUACUGCUUGUCUAGACUGUAAAUCUUUCCCACCAAGCAAGAUUUGGUAGUACCUACCACCUGCCUCUCCUGGUUCCUGUCAUCUCUCAGGACCAGGUCUCCCUCCCUAGCCACAGCCUUCAGGUUCCUCAGACAGGCCCUAGCCCUUUCUCAAUACCCAUGCCUUUCACCCAGGUGACUCAGAGUCCUGGUCUCCCAGGAUGGCCAAACCAUGGCUGUUUCAGCAAUAUUCCUGAGACCCAGAGAAAAGGAGAUCCUCAGCUAGUAGGAACUGAUUAGAGUGGAAGAGUGGAACUCAGGCCUUCCUGGGUAAAGGAGACACCUGGAAGGUCUCCUAACUAAACUGGGGUGGGCUCACCCUAUUCCCAUAGGAGAGUGAAAGAGCUUUCUAGCAGGUUCUGAGUCCCCGCCGCUCCUUGACCCCAGGUCAAGAAUCAUAGGCACUCUGAAUGGACCCUGCAGCCCAGGAUCAUAACCUGCCCUUUCCUUCUUCCCCACCUCUCUCACCAAAGCCAUGCAAAAGCAAGCACUCAGAGACAGAAUAGCGACUCCAGCUAAGUACGACAUUAGGACUUGUCUUUCCAACUCAAUCUCCAUUCCGGCCCCUCCCAUGAGGCCCACGUCUGGUGAAUUAUCCAGACUCUGCACAAGCUGUGGCUUCCUUUCAAUACAACAAACAUUUCCUGAGCACCCUCUCCCAGUAAUCCAGCCAGUGGGCGAGGGUGACUCUGCCAGCAGGAGGAAGGGAAGAAACUCAAGUCAUCCGGCAGCUCAAGGCUGAACAGCAAGAGCUGUUCUCAUCUGUAGGUGCCUGGUGGCCCUGGGCAUGAAGAGGUUAGGAGCCCCAAGAGACCCACCCUACCUCUGCUCCUCUCUUUUGAUAUGACACAUACCCUCUGCUCCCAGGCCCAGGUGUCUGGAAUGCACCACGCAGCCCCAUGCUCCCCUUCUCUUUACAAGAGUAAUGGGCUUCACACCAUUCUCUGAGGCUCUGGUAGAGGUCCAGGUCAUCUCUAUCCUUUCAAGAAAGGCCUGAAACGUGAGUUUCCAGCUAGGCUUUCCUCACUGGCUCUUGACUCUACCGUACUCCCUCUACUGAGGCAGGAGUGACUUCAGCAGAUCAGGUUGUUUAGAGAACUCCUCUGGUGUUUCCCUGUGAUGAGUGGUGCAGAUUGAACUCAGUGGAUAUGGGAAAGACCUGAGAGUUUGCAGGCCUGGUAUGCUGCUUCCUAGAUUGUACCUUUUGAAGAGUUGAGGUCUAGACUCAAGUGUGUGAAGGGUUCAGGUGAGGGCAGAAUCUAGAUUCUAAGGGCAAGUUGCAGGCUGUGCAGGGGCCGGUGGAAGGGGCUUCUUGGACUUAGAGGCUCUGGAGAAGAUUCUUCAGGUAGCAGAUAGUGGAGCACCCAGAGGAAGCUGGCCAGGGAUGUGGCAGGGUAAAGGGGGUGGAAGAGGUCAGAGUGGUGAGAGGAAGUUUAGAAAGGCAUAGAAAUAUUCCUAUACAUGUGGAACGUGCCUGGGUCAGAGUGAAUCCUCCAAGUUCAAGUUUUUCCUCUUGCCUUUCAGUCUUAAGUAUAUGACUUUGGAGUGUCGCAAAGACUCUGGAGCCCAUGACUCCCAAAAGAAGGGACUGGAGUACAGCAGGUACAGGCAGAGCCCUUGAAUUCAGAUGUGAUCUUUUGUUUUGUUUUGGGUUUUGCUUUGGUGACUUUUUUUGUUUGUUUUAGAUAGGGUCUCCCUGUGGCCCCAGCUGGCCUGGAACUCGCUAUGUAGACCAGGCUGGUCUCAAACUCAGAGAUCUGCCUGCCUCUGCCUCCUGCGUGUUGUAACUAAAGGCAUGUGCCAUCAUGUCUGUCCUGUCAAAUAUGAUCUUGAUUUGAAUUCUUGGGUGGGAUGGAGCCCAGUUGUAGAGUCCAUUCUCAGCAUGCAUGAACACCCUGGGUCCAAUUCCCAGGACAUCAAGAGAUGGAUGAAGAGGGAGAGGGAGAAGAGGGAGAGGAAAAGACAGAGGAAAAGAAGAAGAUUCACAACUUGCCUUCCAAUCCCUGAUGCUGCCAACUGUAUAAUGUGCCUUCAUUAAACAACAUAGGCCAAGGCAUGUUUGACCUCAGGUUGAGGAUGUAGAAAUUGGGAAGAGUUCUGGUUCAGCCCUAAAGAGUCCUAAGCAGAAGAAAGAGCUUACCAGGAGGGCUGAGAGGAGGACGGGGGAGCUUAUCUUCAUGGGCAGCAGCCAGAAGACUGUUAGGGGGAAGGAUACUACUCUAGAGGGUUGGAAAGACUGGAGACCAGCACAGGACAUCUUCAUUGCAGAAGACUGCAGUGUCGGCAAACACCACCAAGUUUUUCCUGAGAAAGGAGAGCUUUUCUCUGAGAUAAGGGAAGCCCACAGCUAUGGUGACACCUCCUAGCUAUCUGUCCAGGUUGUGGUCACCCUGUUCUAUUAUGGAGCCAGCUAUGGAGAAGGAGAAAUUUGAAGUCAAAGUCAGGCAUUCCUCUACAAACCUCAGCUAGGAAGAGCUGGUUGUACCUGACUUUUAUGGAAGACCUGGCUGAGAGCUUUCCUUAAGGAAGCCCUUCUCUCUACUGGCUAGCCAGGACUACUCUUCAAAAGUGGCAGUCCUCAUUGAACACAGUUCUGAGGAGCCAGGUGUAGGGUUGGAGGAGCUGAGCAAGGAAGGUACCCAGGAGAGGAAGGAACUGGCAGGGAGAAGACAGGUACCAAAGGCCUUGAAACAAGGAUGGCAGAAGGAGUAGAGGCCUCUCCACCCUGGGUCAUCUCACCUUGGCAGAAGGGAAAUGGGGAUCAGAGCAUAAGAAAGAAUGUGUUUUGAUCACAGGCAGCACAGUAGAGUAGAACAAGAACACACCUCGAAGUCUGAUAGACUAAAUCUGAACCCUGGGCCUCCCUCCCACCUUGGUCAACUUUAACCUCUAUAAGCCAGUUUCCUUAUCUACAAAAUGAGGCCAGCAGUACCCACCCUGAAGGGUGUUGUUGAGAAAACUAGAGUGUGCAAAAUAUACCCACAGGUAGUAGACUCUAGGAACAGUAGCCUGGAGCACAGAGACUAUGUUGAAUAAAUGGAAUGACUAAUUGGUAAGA